UAAAAUGUUCAAAACUGUGAAGCAAGCUAUAUUCUCUUCAGGACUUCAGUCACCAAAAUGCACUUCAGUGGUAAAUGAGGCUUCAGAAUAUGAAACUCGGGUGUACGAACCUGCAAAAUGGGUGAGCACUGGUAUAGGAACUCUGAAAGACUGGGACUCUGCCACCGGUUCUGGGUUCAUGCGUCUCUUCAGUUAUAUCCAAGGAAACAAUGAAAAUAAGGAGAAGAUUGAUAUGACAGUGCCUGUGACAACCUUUAUUCAGCCAGGGGAAGGACCGGCAUGUGAAUCCAAUCUCACAAUUUCAUUUUUUGUCCCGUUCGAGCACCAAGAUAAUCCACCAAAACCAACAGAUGAGAGUGUCUUUAUUGAAGAACGGCCACAAAUGACUGCUUAUGUCAGGACGUUUUCAGGGUUUACCAAUGCAUCAAAGAACAAGGAACAGCUUCUCCAGCUGUCUGAGAGCUUGAAAAAGGAUGGGAAACCAUUUGAUGAAAAUACGUACUAUUCAGCUGGCUAUGAUAGUCCAUUUAAGCUACUGAACCGACGAAAUGAGGUGUGGUUUUUAGCAAAAAGCUAAAAAUAGAAGAAAUUUCCUAAGAAAAUUGACUCACUGAAGGCCUUUAAAAAUAACUAAUUUGCUACCUAAAGACUGGAACGAUUAUGCUGUUUUUAGCGCUAAUCAUUUAUUCUAUAGUCGAUCAAUGCUGUGUCAGAUGUCUUGACAAAUAUAAUUGUUGCUUAAAACAGAAUAUACAUGUAAACUGACCAUUACUUUUUUUCCUCUCCUGAUGGAUUAACUGAAAACAUCCAAUUUAUGAAAUUCAUAGAGCGAUCAAUAUGGGAUAGUAAGACUCAAGUGACAUCCGCGAAAAAAAAUGUUAACUUCACUAACCUUGAGCCCUUAUGUGUUGUGUUUUGUUUUUUAAUGUUGGUGCUUGUGUGGUGUCUGUAAAUUUGCCUCAAUGUGUUGUAUUCAUGUUGCAUUCAUUGUUUUAACUCUCACUACUUUCUUUUUCGUUUCUUACAUUAUGAGACUAUAUAACUUCUACUUAUAAAGCCAUAAUAAGUCAAUUGUACCUAAAUAUAUUGAUAGAAAGAUGCUGCAGUUUAUUCAUACACCUGUAACAAAAUAUUUACUUGUAAAAAUAAGUAACUUUUUCAUAUUGGUGCUUUGUUACAUUGGCACACGACGAACUGUGCCACAUUUACAUUUUCUCUUUUUUUAGCACAGGUCCUUUCUCUCAAAUCCAUGUUUCAAAUCCAUGUUUCCGUGACCAAUGUCUAACCCCUGGGCCUUACGUGGCUAACUACGAUCGCCCUAUGGUUAACCUUGGUCUGACACGGGUGCCUGAUUGUAGUUUGUGUCGUAUGUUAUUUCUGGAGCCUCCUGCGAAAUGUGUAUCUUGUAGUUCUGCAUUGAAAUUGUUACUGGCCCAGAUUAGCAAUCAAGUAAAAUUUAAGACGAUUUAACUUUUUUAAUGAAAAUAAAUUAUGUAAUAGGUCAA